AUGGCGCAGAAGCUCCAUCAACAGGUGAAGGAUGUCGGAUCGAAGCUGGAGAACCUGCCGGCCUCCAAGGAUGCGCUGAUCAAGCUCCUUAAGGUUAGUGCUCUCUCUCUCUCUCUCCCUCCUUGUACCGUAAUUUAGUUCAGUGGAAGGUCCAGGCUUGUCAGAGUGGAAACCAUUUCUCAAGCGGAGUGUCGGGCACUCAGGUAGGUAAUUUUUUUCACGGGUGGAAGGGGAAGGGUUUGACUUGAACUCGCUCAUUCGAAAUGUGUAAAGGAAAGCAUUCGAGUGGCUAUUCGAACAUUCUUGGCGAAUUGGAAACUGUCUUCGAAGUCAUUGCAGCUCAUAUUCCUACGUAGCGAAGUCACAUUCCUGCUACUGCUGAAGACUUCGGUCAUAUUCGUGGUCAUUGCUUUGAAAAACGCUGAAACCACCCUUUGUCGACUGAAUGCGAAUUAGGGCUCACAAGAAUUUCUUGAUAUGCCCUCAUUUCGGGGUUUUAGAUCGAAUGGCUGAACUCAAUUCACUGCCCUCAGAUUCCACAUCCCACAUAGUAGAUUUUCAAUAAAAUUACCGAGUAAAUACCUAAAUGGGACCCACAUAGUUCCUCAUUCUUGUUCAGCCUUCAAACUGUGGCUUCAGAUUUGAUGAUCUCUGUUCUAAUUGUUGGGAAAAAAAGGAUUGGUUAAAAUUGUUCUAAGGAGGGAGACAUGGAACCCUAGUUCACGAAGAAACAUUUGGUGUCUGGGUUCCCACGAUAGUUUAUUUAUAUUUUCUAUUUUAAAAAAAAUCUGUGCUUACUAUCCAGCGACCUCUGGCAUUUGAUGAAGGUCGUCUCUUAUUUUACUGUCUUUGAAUGUGCAGCAAGCUGCAAACUGUCUUUCUGAGGUGGAUCAGUCACCACUGCCAUCGAUGUUAGAGUCAAUGAAGGGGUGUCUUAAUGCCAUUGCCAAGCCAGAAUUGCUAAAGCAUCAGGACAAAGAUGUCAGAGUUCUGGUUGCCACGUGUGUCUGUGAGAUAACCCGUAUAACUGCUCCAGAAGCCCCAUACAGUGAUGAUGUUCUAAGGGUAUUUUCUUCCUUGGUUAAUCACAAGAAGGGCGUAUUUUCCCUUUUUUUCAUUCUCAUUUUCUUUUUCCCAGACUGGUGCUCUUUGCUUUUGAUGCAUCUGCAUUUGAUUCUGAACUUUCAGAGGUUUUGCUGUCUUUUCAGGACAUCUUUCAUUUAAUUGUUGGCACAUUCAGUGGAUUGGGUGAUAUCAAUAGCCCAUCAUUUGGGAAAAGAGUUGUUAUAUUGGAGACUCUUGCAAGAUAUAGGUCAUGUGUUGUGAUGUUGGAUCUUGAAUGUAAUGAUCUCAUAAAUGAAAUGUUCAGCACAUUUUUUGCUGUCGUCAGGUAAAUUUUUCUAGCCAUGCUGUGUGGGUGCGUUAUUUCUUAAUUAGGAUAGUUAUUAACCAGAAUCUACAUUUAACCACAAAAUAGAGGUUAAUACUCGGAUUGCUUUCUCUGGAUAACUUUUUUCUCUUCGAUUAUUAUCACAUGGAUGCUCACUUAUUUUUUUGGCAGAAACAAAACAAAUUGUGAAUAAUGUAAAGAUUGAUGGGGUCCAAUGUGAAACCUUUUUCUGAGAUUCUUCUCUCAAGAGGAGUGAAUAUCCCACAUUAUGACAUCCUAUGGCAUGUACAAGGAUAUGCUUCUCAAUUUAUGAUGCCCAACUGAAAAUAAUCUUGGGUUACUCUUUUUUACUGUAAUCAAGUUUUGUUAUCCCGGUUUAGUUAGUCUAGUACCCUUGCUGUUCUGUUAGUUUGUUAAUGGUGGGUUGAGUACUUGUUACAGAAAUCAAGGUGUUGCUCCUGAUCAUCGAUAUUAGUUUGUUAAUGGUGGGUUGAGUCUGUUCAAGUGUCUGAAAUAAAUCAGAAACGUGAUAGCUAAGUAGGACAAACAUGCCUUUCAUCGAGGCUACGUUUUUUUUUAAUUCUCAACCAAGGUGGUGUGACUCAGUUCUAGUUAGUGCCCAAUUAUCUCAUUUUUUCUGGUUUUAUGCUGAUAGGUUGAAUGCUUUAUAUAAGAAACAAGGUGUUGCAUCAAAUCAAAAGGUGUAGAACUACGCAAGUAACUGAAAUUCAUGAGAACCUGACAGCUGAGACAGAUGUGCCAUUCAUUUAAUAUAUAAUUUACAUGAAAAUGACACUCGUCUCUCAUGAAGAGAAUACAAUACAAUACUUCCCACUUUGAAGUUUUCAGAGUAAACACCGUAUAAAUUUUCCGAACUUAGAAAUGCAAGGAAAGUUAAGCUCAUUUUGUGUUGGUAACCGUGUAAUUUUCGAAAUUUCUUUUCUCAUUUUAAAGAUAUAUGUUUCAAAAAUAUUGAUAUCAAUAAAAAUAAUUCUUUUUAAAAAGAACCAUAAUCAUGUAUAGAUUCAUCUUCCGUAUUGACUAUAUUUAAUUUCUUAAUAUGUAUGUAAUAUCUUCUUUCAAAUUUAUGUUUGAAUUCUUUAUUUAAAAAACCUUAUUCAUUUCAAAUAUUCCAAACUUUUAUAUCUAUUCUUGCAGUUGGUUGGAAAUCUCUUUUAUCGAUUUGACGUCAUAUAUUUAACAAAAAAAAAACAGGGGAAGAAUAUACAAGGAAGAAUUUGACAGUAGGCAUUCAACUGCAAAAAGGAGGGAAAAUUAGGUUAAAUUUCAUGGCCUGCCCUUACCUACUAUAUAUGGAGAGAUGAAGUGGAGACACAAUUACGACAUAAAAUCAAAUGUGAACAGUAUUUUAAAUAUUUCACUGGCACAGUGACAUGGGACUGUGGGUUUAUACUUUUUCUGACUCUUUAAUGCUCUCUCUCUCUCCCUCGCUGGAGCAGAUACAUCAAUACCUGGUUCAACUUGGGAAAUGAGAUGUAGAAGAGUACCACCUAGUAAACAGCAAACCAAACCCAAAAAAAAUUCUGGCACCAUCAGAUGUUGUUAAUAUCCGAUCAGCAGUAAAAUUUGGGUGAUAGAGCUGGAAUUGAAGUUGAGUUGUAGAGUUGGAGCAGCAGCUGAAUUAGUGGACAUCAGGGUUGAUCUUAGAGUAGAUAGAGGCCAAUGCUGAAGCCACAGGAAGAAACAUUGGAGGUGGGGCUAGAGCAAUGGAGCAUGACAUUGAAGGCGCAUGGAAAUAUGCCAAACUGGAAGCAGGAACUGUAAAGUUUGGUGUUGAAGCGUAGGAGAUGCCAAACUUGAAGCCCAAGUCAUAGAAGCUAACCAUCAAGUUGAAGCAAAAGAGCUGGGCAAUGAAGCUGGAACAAUAGAAGUCGGGUAGAAAACUCCGUUUAGACUCAUUGGAGCUCACUUCUUUCUGCAUGCAAGUACGACAUUGUUGAUCUCAAUAAUGUCAUGCAAGUACGACAUUGCAAGCAUGCAAGUCUUCUUCUAUCCAAGUACGACAUUCAUGCAAGUACUGCUUGCGAGUAUUAGCUGGAUUAUGAGCUCAAUAAUUUUCAUUAGGGUGAUCUCUCUGUCCAAAACUUCUUCGCCUGGCUUUGCUGCCUAAUGUCUGAGGUAUACAUGCUACGUAUGCUAUUUUCUAGGCGUCUGAUUGUUUGUGUCAGACUCAUUCGGAUUGCCAGUAGCUCUUUUGUUUCUCAGUGCACUUAUUUACUAAAUUUGAGGCUAUCCAAACACAACGUGUUUGUUGUUCUAUGCCUACUUUAGAUAAUACCCUUCUUGAGAUCAUUGUUGAGGAGGCACAACUUCGUUCUUCUUCUGCUCUUAAGAUGAUUCCAGUAGCCUUAGGAUGACCUUCUCGCCAGAAAAUCUGUUCUAACUUCAUCUGGGGAUACCGUUGGUUCUGUGGCUGCUCUACUGUUGCUAUUGUUACCUUUGAGGUCAUUUUUGAGAUGCUUGCCUGAAGCUUUUUUGUCGUCUGAUGAUUCUUCUAGCCCACCUCCUUAUGUUGCCUCCGUUUAAUCUCAGUCUUUUCCUUCAGACAGCAUGUCCUGUCGACUACCAGUCUUGAUGUGGCACUAGUGGCCGCACACCACACCCAGCUUAUUUCUCAGCUUUAACAACUCUUCAAUCCUCUAAGCUCUUCUCUGAACCCUUUAUUGUGAUUGCCAUUUCUAUUCUCAUAUGUACUUCGGUUUUAAACUUUGGGCCUUCUCAUAUGACUUCAGAAAACUCAUUAUGUAUCUGGAAUCAUCACGGGUCUGUCUGACCCUUCUGGGGAGUCUCCUACUCUCCAUGAUUCUUUCCUUCUCUUGCAGCACUUAUUCAGUAUUGCUAGAGAUUCCUAGGUAUUAGGAUCCUAAGAGUUAUUGCUAGGUAUCUCUGUUACUCUAGUGGUGACAUGCUAAGAAUUAGGAGCACCAUGUUCUUCAAUGUCUCAAACUUGAGAUCUUUCUCUACCCUUUUUUGACAUUUCUCUGAUCAGAUGCAAGUGGAUCUGUAGGAUUAAAACUUAGUAGUAUGGUUGUAUUUUGUGUUGUUAGAAUCAGUUUAACACACAUAAUUUCACUUAGGAGUACGUCAUUGAUUACAAGGAGGUCUUCUUAGAUGACCGAAAUGAUCAUUGUCCAUGCUUUCAUCAUUCCUGCGUCUAUUUGUUAGUGACCUCUCUAUUAGCAUGGCGUGAAGAAUGCGUUUCUUCAUAAUGGCCUUCUUGAUGAUAUCUAGAUGCAGUCUCUUCUUGGUCUCGUUACACUAGAUGCAUUCUCUGUGACUGGUUUGCACGGUUCUGUUAACAAUUUUUGAUAUUUGGUUCUGUGAGAGUGCCAAGAGUGAGAUCUAAUCAUUCACUGAUUUCCUUAUAGUUGUGCUGUUCCGCUUUAGGUUGACGGUGCAGUCUUCACUGGUGACAAUGUGACCACCAGUGCCUCUCUCCAGCAUCAUCUCCAUUGUCAGUUUCAGACGAAAACCUUGUGUCUUUAUGCUAUUUUCUAUGUCUUGAGGUUAUUCUGCUUGACAUGCUCGUGUACCUUUAGAGAAUCUUGAGUGCAAUCAUCGGUUUGUUGGCACCACUACUUCUGCACUUCACUCGCUGUCAUCUAGACAUCAUGUCGUAGAUGUCUCGAGUAAGUUUGUUAAUACUUUGACUUUAGUCCAUUUCUCCGUCCUCUGGUAUAUAUGUACCAAUCUUCAUUCCUCAAUAAAUCGUCUGGUGUGCCUUUGGAGCUUUGUGCUUAUAUCAAUAUACAUUGGGCUAGUGGUCCUAAUGAUCUUCGCUUCACAAAAAGCUUGUGUAUCUUUCUUGGCUUCUUUCUAAUUUCUUGGAAGAGCAAGAAGUUGGUUGAUCACUCGUGUUCGAACACUGAGGUUAAGCACCGUGCUAUGGCGCUUAUGGACCUGCCAAGAAAGUUUGCUUGCAUCAUCUUUUUUCUAAACUCUAGUUAAGGUUCUUUGCCUCCUGCACUACUUUGUUGUAACAUUUAAAAUGUUCUUAAAAUGGCCAAUAGUCUUGUCUUCCAUGAAUGAACCACGCAUAUAAGGAUUGAUUGUCCUUUAGUCUACCAACAGUACCUUUCCAAUAAUUUGUCCCUGUAUGAUGUUUCUCAUGGUAAGAAAUUUCCUGACUUUUCACUAAAGAGGACUUUGUGCUCGGACGAACUCAUUCGCAAACUUUCAGUUAGUGGUACUUUGCAAGUUUUAGGAGUGGUGUUGAAAGAUUAGAGUGCGUAGUCUUUCCCUAUGCUUAUAUUUUUCCUUUUUGUACUCGUUAGGCGUUUACAAGAUAUUAAACUUUAUUCUCUUUUCUCUGUGCAUUCAAUGACAUGUGGCUUUUAAUACCAUAUUGUGUAUUACCUUUAGCUAUCCUUUUUAAUGUUCUACUAUCAUGGAGAAGUUGAAUCAAUUGUAACAUUUACCUCUGUACACAUCGUUGCUCUGUGUUUUUUGGUUAAUACGCACUAAAUAUAAAAACUGAUCCGCCUGUGGACAGAUAAAAUUACGUUGAUUAUUGGAAUAAUUUCUGUAAUUGUGAAGAUUAGUGGCUGAUAUUUAAAGUUGAAUUUGAUGAUUAAGGUUUGCAUUGGGUUCCCAUCAAUCAACAUUGAUUUACAUCUUCUGGCCGUGUUAAAGUAGGUGCACCAAAGUAGUCAUCUGCCACUUUAUAACAGAUUUGGCAGAGUUCUUGUGCUGCAUUUUCUUUAUUGGAGAUUGAAAGGGAGUGCUUUGAAUGCCUUUCCUGUACUCGCUGACAUUUUUUCACAUUCAGUGAUGAACAUGCAGAAAGUAUUCUGACAUCAAUGCAAACAAUUAUGCUACUUAUUCUGGAGGAGAGCGAGGACAUUCCAGAGAAUUUGCUAUUUGCUAUUUUAUCAGUGUUAGGCCAUAAAAGGGUGAGCUUCUCUUCUUUUCAUUAUUGUUCAUGCUUUCUCUAAUGCUGAUGAUCAUUAUCAUCCUGUAUCAUUCGUAUCAGAAAUUUUAACAUCUUCCCCACAGUUUUUUUGGUCAUUCGUAUCAGUCGUUUUCUGCAACUCUCUUUGUGCUGAAUUGAUUGUGUGGAAUUUUUGUCUCCAGGAUGUUUCUAUGGCUGCAAGGAAGCUAGCCAUGAAUAUUAUAGAACGUUGUGCUGUAAAGCUGGAACCAUUUGUGAAGCAAUUUCUUAUUUCAUUUAUGUCAGGUGAUAACAGUUCUUCAAAUAUAUCUGUUGACUAUCAUGAAGUCAUCUAUGAUAUUUAUAGGUGUGCACCUCAGAUUCUUGAUGGAGUGGUUCCGUAUAUUACUGGAGAGUUGUUGGUAAGGAUUCUUCAUUUCUUUGACGUAACAAGAUUACUUAAUGGAUACCAAUACCUAAUUUCUCAUAAAAUUUUAAUCUUGAUUGGCAAUCUAAAAUAUGCAUAUGUGCUGAUUUAUGGACGUACCGCGUUACUACUUUUUUUUUAAUAUCAUUUUUCAAAGGCGGGCAGUGCCACAAGAAAAAAUAAGUUGCCAUGGGAGAGUGGUAUCUCAGCUGUUGGCUUCAAAGCAUUGUUUGCUUUGGAAAAUGAUCUUACGGUGCAGUUCCCUUGUCUCUUGACCUCCAAAGUCUUCCAUCCACUCAAGUGUUAAUCAGAUUUGCCUGAAGGAGAGCUUUCUGCAAUUUAAUAAAUUCCUAAGUUUCUGAUUGAAGAUAUAUUUUCUGCUAUACUGAAAUAAUUAUCCUUUUUAACUGCCAUUUUUUUGGUCAAUAAAUCCUUUUACCCAUGUGUCUACAUAUCUUGUUAGCUGCUGACAUCUGGUUGCUUGAUAAUUUCACUUGAUUCCUCAGGAUUCUUCCACUAGAGGCAAUCACAAAAUUCCCCUCAUCCAGAAUUGUCUGUCGCAUUGAAUGAGAUAAUUGAUCCCUUAUGGUCUCAUCCAGAUCAGAGAACUUGACUAUUGUAAACACGUUUUUACCCAGCAGAUGAUUUGGGUCUUCCUUUUCAUUCAUGAACAUUGGAUUUUUAUUUGACAAUAAAUAAUGCAUAGUUAGUUGGUUUUGAUGUGUAACCAUGUGUUUGGAUGUGUAAUAUCUUUUAACGCAUACCAGUGAAUGAUAUCACUCACUGUCUCGUAUCUUUCUAUAUUCUUGAUUUUCUUCUUUAGGUUUUGUCUUAACCAAUAAAAUUUUGAUAUUUUGCUGAGUGCGUGAUUUUAAUCUGUGCAGACUGAUCAGCUAGAUGUUAGGUUAAAGGCAGUUAAGCUACUUGGAGAACUGUUUUCGUCAACAGAACACCCCAUCUCUGAAUCUUUUCGGCCACUUUUCUCUGAGUUUUUGAAAAGACUGACUGACAGAGUUGUGGAAGUCCGUGUUUCGGUCAUUGAGCAUGUGAAAAACUUUUUGAUAUUAAAUCCUUCUAGACCUGAAGCUCCUGACAUCAUCUGUAAGGAGUCAAUUUUCUAAAUCUUUUUUCCACGGGUUUCCUUUUGGUUUUGAUCUUUCAGGAUUAAGAUAAUUUCAGUGUACUCAUAUCACGUAUUGUGUUGGUUUCUGCAGCUGCAUUAUGUGACCGGUUGUUGGACUAUGAUGAACAAGUUCGGGAAAAAGUUGUUGCCGCAAUGUAUGACAUUGCUUCUCAUGAAUUGACAUCUAUUUCGUCUCAGACAUCUAAGCAAGUUGCAGAGCGCCUUCGAGACAAAUCUGUAUGAUCACUUCUAGCUAAUAUCUCCGUUCAUGUUUAAAGAUCUAUGAGCAUUUGUUUAAUGUUUUCUUUGACAAUUAUCUCAGUUAAAAGUUAAGAAGUACACAAUGGAGAGACUGGCUGAAUUGUACAAACUUUACUGCUUGAGGAGCUCUGAUGUUCUGGUCAACGCUGACGAGUUUGAAUGGAUACCUGGGAAAAUUUUGAGAUGUUUAUAUGAUAGGGAUUUUAGGUAAGUUGCUGCUGCACAAAAAAGUAUGAUCUUAUCAUCCGCAAGCAUGUAUAAUUUGGGCUGCAUUUUGAUGCAAUGCUGAGGGAGUUUCUAAUGAUGUAUAUGCUAUUGGAUAACGAUUGCAACAAAUGUUUAUUCUUUUAGGCAUCAAGACUAGAUUAUUUAGUUUGUAUUCAGUGGUCUCUUUCUCCCAUGUGAACUUUAUCUGUUCUUCCCAGACAGAUGGUAAACUCAACAGCCUAAAAGUUAAAAGCAAUAAAAGAGAAAAUUACUAAGAUUAAGGUGGCUUGCCGUUUGGGAAUUGUAAUAAACUAAUUAGAUACUGCAUUUUUUAUGGUGGAUUGAUUGCUGGUAUUGUUUGAAAACCUAAUUUGUAUUUUCCUGGAAAGUUGGUUGUGCUAGUGUGUUUUAAUUUAAUGAUGAUUCUAUUAAGUCAAUGUCGAAGACUUAGAUCCAGUUCCAUUUAUCAUCUUAAGUACAUGCUGUAGGUUCUCGAUAAGGCUUAGGUUAAUUCUUGGUCGAGAGAACAGUUGUUGGCAUGCCAUUUCAUUUCUAUCUUGUUACAAAUUUAAGUAAUGUGGGAGAUGGUGUAAGUCUUCGGUUUUUUCUUGAGGUGCAUUUUUUUUGUCUUUUCAGCUUAUUGAGAGAACAAAUAACUGGCGUCCAUUUGUUGAGAAAUAGAAAAUCGACAUAAUCCAAGCCACUUUUAGAGAAAUGGGAGAUUCGGAUGCUGCUGUCUUUUAGGUGUUGUAAUAGAACUAGAUAGUAUAAGAGAGAAAAUAAUAAUUCUAAGAACUGAUGAAGACAAUAUCCCUUCCGUGUUGUGAAGUUUCGAAUGUCCACAUUAAAUAAAUGAUCUUCUAUAUACAUGGUGCCGCAUUUGAGUGGCGAACGUGGACUGAAUGACUUUCUGAUUGCCAAGCACUGUGUGAAUGGCGACUAAUACUUUACUGAUAGUCCUGGUAAAUUUGCAGUAGACUGUGAAAAAAAUGAAGAAAGCAAUAAAAUCUGGAAUUUCUGAAAGAUGAAGAUGCUCAUAUUAUUAAAUGUUUCUCAUAAUGAAGUUCAAGUAUGUUUUCUUGGAUUUUCUCAUGAGUUUAUAAUAUAUAUUAGUUUUUGUACUGGGCAUAUGAUGUGAGAGUUUGGACUUGAGAUUUGAACUUUGUUGUCAGAUUUAUCAAAUCUUUCGCCGCUUCAGUUAUAAAAAUCUGAAUUGAGAACUGUGAUGAUAACUUAUCACGCUUUUUAAAAACUCUUUACAGGUCUGAAGAUAUCGAAUCAAUUUUAUGCGGUUCAUUGUUUCCUCCUGAAUUCAACACGAAGGAGAAAGUGAAACACUGGGUUACAAUUUUCUCAGGUUUUGAUAAAACUGAGGUGAAAGCACUUGAGCAAAUUCUUAUGCAAAAACAAAGGUCUGUUUAAAUUUCUCGAUGAAUAUUUUCGGAAAUCUACUGCUCUCAUUUCUUUUGCUAAAAUCACAUUGUUUGAUAGAUUUUGGAUAUAAUUUAGGGGUGUCUUCAUUGAUUACAGGAUUCAUCAAGAAAUGCGGAAGUACCUUUCCCUUAGGCAGACAUGUCAGGUUUGUUUUAUUUGCAUUCUUGCCUGCAAAAAUCUUUUUGAUAACUGCCAUUGAAACCAGCCUCAUUGAAAUGCAGGACAACGAUGCCCCAGAUUACAAGAAAAUUUUGGCGAGUUUCAGGAUAAUGUCUCGCUCAUUUAGUGAUCCUCCGAAGGCUGAAGAGAGUUUUCAGAUCCUGAAUCAACUGAAAGAUGCUAACAUAUGGAAAAUUUUGACUCUCUUGCUUGAUCCUUCCACAAGUUUUGAUGUAGCUUGGGGAUCUCGGGUAUUUCAUUUUUUUUAUCUUGGGAAAUUUAAUGCAGAUGACAUUAACUUAGAUGUCAUCUCAUUACGAUUUGUAACGAAAAAAUGUUUGGUUUUUCACAAGCACACGGAUAUUGAUUCGGAUUUUUACUUGGAAAUCUUUUUCAGGAUGAGCUUCUUAAGAUUCUUGGAGAAAAACACCCUCUUUACGAUUUUAUGGUUACAUUCUCCGUGAGGUGCUCGUAUCUGCUAUUCAAUAAGGAACAUGUCAAGGAGAUACUUGCACAAGCUGUUGCAGAAUCUGGUGGAGACCCAAAAUUCGUUUCAUCGUGCAUGAGUCUGCUCCCGGUAACUUGGAUCUGCUAUUUCUUUCAAUUUUGGUUAUCUAUGAGAGAUUGUUUGAAUUUUUUUGGUUGAAAUCCCCUCUUAUGCGUUCAUGAUGAGUUUAUUUUGUUACGCAAGAAGUAGUAAUAGCCUUAUCCCAAUGGGCAAAACUUUUGAGAGAUAUUCAGCAUAAUGGCAUAAAUGUAUCAAGGAUCACAUGCUGUGUUUUUCACAAUCCUCCAUGCAUUGUUAAGAAUCUCCUUCACCCACCUAGGAAUUUUAUGAAUCCAAAGUUGUGUUAUGAAGAUAUUUUCCUAGAGCUUUUAAAUCGUGAUGCUUUGUUGCAUUAAGGAAAUAUAAAAGGCAAGAAAUCAAAGUAGGGAAAGCCAUGCGACCUUGCCUCAUAGUGUCCAUCAACCAGCUCUCUCCGGAAAUAACUGUUCGUCAGUUAUGCGAUACAUUUAAGGUUGCGCUAGGUUCUUGUCUGUUUACUUUAUCAAAAUGCUGGAGGUGCAUGGAUAUAACAUAUUGAAAGUUCAUCUUAUUCAUUUAUUUAUGUAGCCACUGAUUGAGGUUUCUCUUUCACCAACAUUCUAGGAAUUUCUGUCCCCAAUCUUUCUUUUUUUCUCUGAUUCUCGUAUUUUUAAUAUGAUGAAGGUCUAUUUUUCUUUAUUUUCUCUAAAUUACUCGUAUCCUUGUCUAUGCAUCUGUUCAUCUCUUUCAGUUUCGCAUAAGGCUAAUAUUAUUCAAGGCCAUCAAAAUGUAAUUUCCACUUGCGAUGGUGUCUCUUAUGUGGACUAGGAGGACAUCUGCUAAUGCCAUAAUUCCUGUGACGAUUGUUUACUUCCUCCCCAUAGGAUAACAGUGUUGAAAUCAGCUUGCCAUCCAUAUCGUGUGAUUUUUUAUUUAUUUAAGAAUUAUUUUAUUUGCCUCUUUACCGUCUGUAAAUAGUCAAGUUGAUCCCUCAUCCACCUGUCAAUUUAAGUAUUUGCAAUUCCGAUUCUACACUUUCAGAUCUUGGCAUCUUUCUGUCCCCUGCUUUUGGAUGGUUUUGAAGAAGAUCUCGUUAAUCUUUUGAAAGAGGAUAAUGACAUCAUAAAAGAAGGCAUCACACAUAUUCUAGCAAAGGCUGGUGGGGCCAUACGGGAACAACUGGCUAAGGCAUCAAGGUGCUUGCAGCUGGCUCUUGCAUUGAAAAUUUCAACCAAAUGAAUGAGUGAAGAUAAUGCGCAUAUUAUACUUUUAUUCCGAUUUCUUUCAGCUCGGUGGAUUUACUGUUGGAAGGACUAUGUCUGGAGGGUACCCGGGGGCAAGCCAAAUACUCCGUACAAGCCCUAGCAUCGAUUACCAAAGAUGAUGGGCUCAAGUCACUCUCUGUUCUGUACAAGGUUACUCCGCAAUAUCCUUGAUAAACUGCAUAAAGCACUUUCGUUGAGUCUCAUCGUGCUAUUCUGCUUUUCCUGCCAUGUUUCCUUAUAUGGAAUUUGCGUUUCUUAAAUUCUUAUUUUUUUCGCAGAGACUUGUAGAUAUGUUGGAGGAAAGGACCCAUUUACCAGCCAUUCUUCAGUCUCUGGGCUGUAUUGCUCAAACUGCGAUGCCAAUAUUCGAAACCAGAGAGGGUGAAAUUAUUGAGUUCAUAACACACAACAUUCUUGAAUGUAACAGUGUAUACCAUCUAGAACUUUCCUCUUUAUUAAAACUGUGCUUUGUUUCCUUUUCCUGGGGUUUCAAUUUUCUAACAUGUUAUAAUUCUUUCAGAAGACACAGAAAAAGUUUAAGCAUACUGACGAUUGGAAUGAAAGAAGUGAAGUCUGUUUGUUAAAGGUAAGCUGCUUAACAAGGAUCAACAGCGUGCAUAUUAUCUUCUGAUGAUGCUUAAGCUCUGUUUUCUUAUGCUGCAGAUAUUUGGCAUCAAAACUUUGGUCAGAAGCUACUUGCCUACGAAAGAUGCUCUUCUCCGUUCGGGAAUAGAAAAUCUCUUGGGAAUCCUUAGGAACAUACUUUCUUUCGGGGAAAUUUCAAAUUCCAUUAAAUCAAGGUAAUGAACAGCCUGUUAAUAUUGUCUUGUUUGCAUGGUUACCACCCCUAGCUUUUGUAUGACGCAGAAUUUUUCUAAGAAUAUUUUGUCUUACAGUGCUGUAGAUAAGUCCCAUCUGAGGCUUGCAUCAGCUAAGGCCAUCCUGCGAUUGUCAAAACUUUGGGAAAGUAAAAUACCGCUUGAUAUCUUUUAUUUGACCUUGGGAACUUCCCAGGUUUGAGUCUGCACCUGAUACCAACUCAUACUUUCGGGGUGUCCUCAAUGUGUAGUUGUGAACAAAGACAUUGUGAUACACUACUGACGCCAUUGAUAGGCAGUCUAUUAGAGGUUGUUUUCAAGGGUUAAUAUCUCCAGAAAAUAUACAUAAUGAUUUUUGCUUGACAUGCAGGAUAUGUAUCCUCAAUGUAGGAAAUUAUUUCUUAGCAAGGUACACCAGUAUAUAAAGGAGCGGCUCUUGGAUCCCAAGUACACUUGUGCUUUCUUAUUCAAUGUGGUUGAUUCAGAACCCAAUGGGUCUCUGGAGGUGAAUUGUUGUGCUAUUGUUUUUAUCUCAAAAUGUGUAUAUGAACGUGCUGGACAGCCCUUUUUGAGCAACAUAAUCCCUCUUAAGUGAGUUAAUUCUUUUGGCAGGGUCAGCACAACCUCUUGGAAAUUUUCCAAGUAUGUAACACGGUGAAAGCACGCCAACUUAUUAUGCAAAGUGAUGCAAACACAUUGACGUCUUAUCCGGAAUACAUUCUUGUGUACUUGGUCCAUGCGCUUGCGCAUCAUCCAACAUUUCCAGAUAUAAAUAAAUACAAGCAUAUCCAGCUCUUUGAGCCAAUUUAUCGGUAAGCUUGCUUCUUCUAAUUAACUUGCUGGGCUCUUUCUGUUGUUUUUUUCUGGAUCUGACAAUGGGAAGAAAGAUCAUAUAGUUACCGGCUUUUCCCCAUCUGCCUACUCCGUCUGUGAGCGCUUAGAAAAUAUACAUGGAUGUCAGCUCUUUUUGUUAUGGAUUCGAUCAACAUUAGUAUCAGAACAAUAAGGAAGCUUCUGCAUUAGCACUAGUUCCACAUGCUUUAUGCUCUCAUUUUAGCUUCCACUCUACAUAGAUCAUGUGAACCAAUGGAUCAAAUGGUGUGCUUUCUAGAUGAUAUUUACAAAAUAUGAGGGAUUUUGUCCAUAAAUAUUUCUUGUCUCGUACCUGAAAAAUAAUCUAGCCAGUGUAGACUUUUAAUGUCCUUGUCUUCUGAAAGUUACUUUGGGAUGCUAUUGAAGUGAAAAUUUCUAAUUCUGUUGAUUGAAUUAGCGAUACCAUUUCUAUCACUGGUUAUAGCCUCUUGUUUGUGUGCUAAUGGUUUGUGUUCUCCAGGCGGUUGCAUUUAUUUCUCUCUGUGCUAUUACAAGGAAGUGAAAGUUUCAAACCUAGUAUUUCUACCGACAAGAGCAAGGGCAGCCUUACUGCAGUGGUCUCUAUCUUUCAGAGUAUCAAGCAAUCUGGGGAUAUUGUUAUCAAUGACAAGUCAAAGGUAAAUCAAUAAAUUAUAGCUUUCAUAUGAGUUCUUCCACUGUCAUGUGUUUAUCACCAUGAAAUUAAAAAAAAAAUCCUUGCCUUUUAGCAUGAAAUACUCUUUAUUUUAUGGUUAAGAUGCUCACUCCAUACCUCUGCGGGCUAUUGUAUAACGUGCAGAACUCACAUGCUCUAUGUGAUCUUGGGUUGUCAAUUGUUAAGCAUUUAUGCCAUGAAAAAAUAGAUGUUGAAGCUAUGGCAAAGCCAGUCACCUUGCCGGAACAACUUUAUAAACCUCUGGAGAAGGAAGAUGCCAGCCAUCUAGUAAGAAUUUUUUACCCAGAUUUUCAGAAUUUACUAAUUACGUUAUUUAUCAUUCAGUGGCUUGUCACCAGAUUCACCUGGUAGUAAUAUUUGAUUGGUGUGACAUAAAUAUGAGUUCUAAUGGGGGGAGUAUAAUCCUGGAAGGAAGGGAAAAUUGAGAUGUAUAAAUGUAUUGACAAACAGAUUGUUGGAGGACCAGAGAGGUGAGAGGUGUAGUACAACACUAAAUGUCUACAAAAUCCAUAGUGCCAUUCCAAGAAUUUCCGUAUACAGUUCCGAAUCAAGUAGUUUUAGUCCUCGAUUGUUUUUUUAAUUUUUGAUACAACUCAUCAUUCCAAGAAUUGCCAUAUGCAAUUCAUAAACACGCGAUUUUAGUCCUUGUUUUUUUUUUAUUACCUUGAUUCUUUCAAUUGUAGUGCACUUUUGAACAUAGAACCAGUGAAACUUGACUUAGGUCAGGUUUCAUUGCCAAUCAAAAUAAAUUUGAGCUAUGAGAUAGUGUGAUGAUUAGCAAUAAGCUAACAUUGAAAACCUCAGACAGUUUGAGUGACCUAAAAUACUGUAACUUAUAUAAAAUAUAUAAUUUAGGAAAUUCAAUAGAGAUUAUAUGACCUGUUUGCACAGCGUAUUUCCAUAUUUUCCGAAACAAUGAAUGGCAGGUAUCCCGCUUUUUCCAAAAGUAAAUACGACAUAAAAUGGCUGGGGUGUUGUAUGUCUAAUUGAAUUUAUUUUUCUGGAACAAAGUUCAUAAGCCCAUGUUUAAUAACUUUCUUACAAAGGUUGGUCACGAAAUACAAGGUUUAAAAAUAUUAUUCUGCAAUCAAUUUGUGACCAUGAAUUUUAUUUUCUCCCUACAUAAAGUACAAUAUCUUUUAAUGCAAGCAAAGUUGCACCGGCUGUCUAGGGUCUUACUACCAGAUUUUAUUUUAUGGCCUUCAUAGUUCCAAAAAGUAGAAGGAUGCUGAGAACUGAGCUCAUAUCUCUCUUGGGCCAAGACGUGCCUUUGGAAGGAGAAUGUCUGUCAAUGCAGACUGAAGGUGGUUGGUCGAUAUGGGCUUGCCGCCAACUCAGUAGCCUUGAGAACAAUUUCUUAGGAAUUUUCAAUUCCAGCCUGUGAGGGUCGCAAAAGCACCUAUCCAAACCUUCAGUAGGACUAUUACGAGUUUAUGGGAUUCGUUUAAAUGCUUUUGUGGGGAGUUUUGGGACUUUGUUGGUCUGUGUCUAGCUUGACGCGAUUUCUUGUUAUCAUCAUAAUUAAGAAAGUAGCAUCUAUUAAUCUGUAUGAUACUUGGAAAGAUAUGUAUGAGCCUGGCACUCUGUCAGUUGAAAUAUUGUUCUUCACCAUAUCUAUGAUUUGCCUCGAUCCCAAAGAAAUAAAAUAAUAAUGCGUUGGGAAUUAUGAUAUGGUCUGAUAUUGGGCGCUUAUACAAGAAACUUCUAUUGUUUACCCUAAUCUCAGAUUAUCUGAUUUUUUAAUUUUUUUUGUGGUAUCCAUUUUCUCAUAUCGUUCAUUAUCUUGUGCAGGGUAAUGAAGUACAGACAUGGACGCACCGUGAUAGAGUUUUGGCCCAUUUUGAAUCACUUGAGCUUGCAAAGAAGGAAAAAGUGGGUUCGAUCACCAAUUGUUUCGAAUGAUCAUAGCUUCCUGUCCUUUCUCUCUCUUGGUCAACUUCGUAACCCAUAUACCACUAACUUCUAUCAUGGUCUCAGGUAGACACUGCUGUCAGCGAGGAUCACAAGGUAUUGAAAGAGAGUGAUGAAGAUGGAGCUGAGUUGCCCCUUGGAGAAAUCAUGAAAAAUUUCAAGUCUCAGGCAGCAAAGAAAAGGAAAAUGGCGAAGAAGCAGGCUGCAGAUACCGGCUUAGAGAGCUUAGAGACUGAUAUCGAUGUUCUGGGAAUGGUGAGGGAGAUAAAUUUAGACAACCAGGAGACAUUACCGGACAUGGACUCGGGCAGACCAGACCAAGAUCUCAAGUACCUUCUGAAUGAGGGAAAGGCUACCAAGAGCACUGAACAGAAGAAUGGGAAAGACGAAGCUCCUGUAUGUGUCUCUGGCUUGGAAAGGAAGUCAUCGCCUUCUCCUUCCAUGCCUCCACCGGGGGCUACCAGGGCCCAGAAGGGAAGCAGCAGAGCCACCAAGCAAGAAAGAGCAUCUGGUAAGGAUACUCUUGUCUCUGGCAUGGGGUUCUUCUUCGAAGAGCAGAGGGCUGUGUCUCCUGAUGCAGUGGUUGUGAUGUCUUGUCCUCCAGCGACCAAAACCCUUUCAUCCGGUAAGAAGAGCUCUCUCAAGGGGCCCAACGGAACCCAUGUGGUGGGAACUGGCGAGAAAGACACCCAGGUGAAGGCCCUUCCUCUUCUCUCAUGUACUUUGCUCUAAAAAAAUUGCUAACUUGGGAAACUAACAAUCUUUCCCUGCCCAGAAGCCGACCAAGCCUUCUGAAGAAAGCGAUCAGCCUGAUUUGGCUGAUACCACCCCAUCAAAAUCUAACAGGAAGCAGAAAAGAAGUAUUGGUGGACUAGAAAAGGUGGUUCUCCCCCAUUUGACUUUAUCACUUCAGCUAGUCAUUUGUUCUACCCCACAAUUCCAUCAGGUAGAGAGAGCGCCAUUGGAUGAGCUGCUCUGUGCCUGCCCUGCCUCACUUCACGCUCUGCAUAGAUGCAUUUUUAUGGAUGAUUCAUUCAUACGGAUGAUCAUGGUGUUUUGGGAGUCAACGCGCAUUAUAAUGCAAAAAAUUAUCUUGUUUCUCUGCAGUGUUCAUCAGAGAAAUCCAAUAGGGAUGAUGCUGAUCUGAUCGGAUGUCUAAUAAAAGUCUGGUGGCCGCUGGACAAGAAGUACGCAUUUGACAAAAUAGAUUUAUUUUGAAUUAUCCUCCUAAAACAGCCAGAUUAUCCGCUCUGCAGAGUCUCAUCCCCUUUUGGUUCUGCUCUAUUUGACAUUUUUAUACUCGGUCAGCGGGCUCUUGCUAAAUAUGCUUAUAUACUCCAUUAACAGGUUUUAUAAAGGAACAGUGCAGUCUUACGAUCCGGGAAAGAAGAAGCAUGUGGUAUCCCUCUGUCUCUUCUUCAUCCUCACAUGCCCGUUGAUUCCGUUGACCACGUUCAGAUUCUCUGUUGUGGGGUUUAACUUUUUGCCCUCGUGUUGAAGAUUAAAUAUGAUGAUGGGGACGUCGAAGUUCUUCAGCUGCACAAGGAGAAAUGGGAAGUAGUUGACACGGAUCCUGCGCCCAAGAAGGUCUCUGUUCCGUUCGGCCCAUUCCUCUCGUGUGUUUGGUCAACCUUCUGAUUCCUAAUGAGCUUGUGUUCUUUCCCUUUCAGAGGCUAAAAUCUCAUCAUUCUCUCUCACCUGAUGAGCCGUGAGUCCCUUUCUCUCUCUCUCUCUCUCUCCUUGAGUCUAUGUAUUUGCCCCCUUUGACCGAUUCUAAAACCCGAAACCUCAUUUCAGGUCAACGAGGGAGGUCAAGAGAGCGAACCCUGAAGAUGUCUCGAGGCGGAAAAAGGGUUCCUCCAAGAAGUAAGAUAUUUCCUUCGGGUCGUUUCUCGCCGGCGUUUCCUGUUUUGGUGAAAAGGGUUUUGACCUUCUGGCGGCAGGAGAAAGAUGACCCGAAGGGAGCGCAGAAAAGGAACCAGAGGCAUCGAUCAGGAUUCUUCCGAAUCCGACGACGGGGACGAUCCUGCGCCGUCGCGUGCCCAUCAUCCUUCCGGCUCCGAGGUCGACAAUGGUGACUCGGGUAUAUAUAUAUAUAUGCUAAACUGAGAUCUUUGCUCCGAGAUUUCCUGAUUUGGAUAAAAAUGGGAUAACCCAGAAGGUUUUAGAACACUUUAAUUAUUGUUGACUUCUCCGCUGGAGAAGAGCGGCCGCCGCUUUCAGGGUCUGGAGGGGAGUCAACGCAGGCGCAGGAGGAGCAGCCGGACGAUUCUUCGGAAGCAGACGAGGGGGACGAUUCAGAGAACGAACCUCUCGUAUGAUUUUCUCCCCAUAAUUCCUCGCAUUUUUCUCUCAUCAAAAAGAUCGAAUCUUUAUCAUCAUCAUCAUGGUCAAUGCAGAGUGUGUGGAGGCGGAGGGCUGCUAAAUCAGGCUAG